AUGGGGGGCAGGACAAACAACAAGGCCGUUUACUUCGAUAAACUGAAGGGCCUUCUCGAAGAGUACAAGUCCAUCUUCAUUGUCACCGUCGACAAUGUGUCCUCGCAGCAGAUGCACGAGAUUCGGAGGUCCCUGCGGGGUGAGGGUGUCGUAUUGAUGGGCAAGAACACGAGUUAUGGUAAGCAAACAACGUCGAUCAAGAAGCCAUUAGACAGUUUCUCAUUGCGCGUCAAUCAGGUCCGCCGUGCCAUCAAGGGCUUCAUCAGCGACUUCCCCGAAUAUGAGCGCCUCCUGCCGCACGUCAGGGGCAACGUUGGGUUCGUCUUCACCAAUGGCGACCUGAAGCAGACCCGCGAGAAGAUUCUGAGUAACCGUGUCGCCGCUCCCGCUCGUGCCGGCGCCGUUGCGCCUCUCGACGUGUUCGUCCCGGCCGGUAACACUGGUAUGGAGCCCGGCAAGACCUCGUUCUUCCAGGCUCUCGGUGUCCCGACCAAGAUUGCCAGAGGUACCAUCGAAAUCACAACGGACCUGAAGAUCGUCGAGGCCGGCAGCAAAGUCGGCGCUUCAGAAGCCACCCUUCUGAACAUGUUGAACAUCUCGCCCUUCACCUACGGCAUGGGUAUCUCGCAGAUCUACGACCAGGGCCAGACCUUCGCCGCAAGCGUCCUCGACAUCGAGGAGUCGCAGCUCCUGAAGGCCUUCACCAGCGCCAUCACCACGAUCGCGACGGUCUCGCUCGCCAUCAACUUCCCCACCCUGCCGUCCGUCAUGCACUCCCUCGUCAACUCAUACAAGAAUGUGCUGGCCGUUGCCGUCGAGACAGACUACUCUUGGGAAGGCAUCGACGAGCUCAAAGACCGCAUCCAGAACCCCGACAAGUAUGGUUCUGCUCCGUCUGGCGGUGAUGCCCCGACUACUACGGACGAGGCCAAGCCUGUCGAGGAGGAGGAAAAGAAGGACGAGGAAGAAGAGGAGGAGGAUGAGGACAUGGGCUUCGGUUUGUUCGGUGAUGACUAG